AUGGCUACACUCGCCAUGCAGUCUUUGGGUUGUGAAGUGGCUGCUUUGAACACCGUCAAUUUCAGUAACCAUACGGGAUACAGGCAAUUUAAAGGAACAAAGUCAUCAGCCCAAGAGAUAACAACUCUAUAUGAGGGGUUACGGCAAAGUUACCUUAACGACUUUGAUGUCUUAUUGACAGGAUACGCACCCAGCGCUACUGCAGUAGAAGCAGUGGGUGAUAUUGCGAUGGACCUGAAGAAACGCGCAUCCAAGCGGCCAGGUUCCUUUUUCUGGGUACUUGACCCGGUGAUGGGGGAUCAAGGACGUAUCUACGUCAACGAGGACGUGGUACCGGCCUACAAGUCUCUUGUUUCGCAUGCGGAUUUAAUCUUACCAAACCAGUUCGAAGCAGAACUACUCUCCGGAAUAAAGAUCACGUCUGCUGAAAAUCUGGCGGAUGCGGUGACGGUCAUCCACCGUACGUACAAUGUUCCACACGUUGUUGUCACUUCAGUGCAGCUACCGGGCCCUCUUUCUUCGUCAGCAUCAUCUGUCAUCUCUCUCUCAACGGCAGACAAUUCUUCUACCAGCCAAGAAGCCCGACAAGACAGCGUGUUGGCGGUUUUCGGGUCAACAAUGCGAUCUGACCGUUCCGCUCGACUGUUUAAAGUCGAAGUACCUCGCUUAGAUUGCUUCUUUAGUGGAACAGGAGAUAUGUUUGGGGCUCUGAUGGUCGGAAGGCUUCGCGAAGCCGUGUUUCAAGACGUGCCUUCUCUGCGCGAAACGGCAUCUUGGGUAUCUCCAGAUGAUAUAACGGCCACAGAGUUGCCGCUUGCCAAAGCCACGGAGAAGGUGUUGGCGAGUAUGCAUAUGGUGCUGGAGAAGACCAUGAUUGCGAGGAACGAAGAGCUGGCAAGAUAUCAAAGAGAGGAUGAGAAGGACGACUUAGAAUUUGCCCAUCUAUCGGAAGAGGAACGCAAAGCUGCGCUUGAGAAGAGAGCACGCCUCCGUGCAUCGAAGGCAGCAGAGGUCAGGCUCGUACGCAAUGUCGAAUAUGUGAAACACCCUGUCGUGAAGUUUAAAGUGAGGGAGUGGAACCAGUAA